AUGGAAGAGGAUGAUGAUGUCGAUGAUGGAACUGUCAAUGACUGUACUUUGCAAACUGAAGGCGCUUGGAAUGCAGAUGGUAAAGGACCAUCAAUUUGGGAUGAUUACACACACAAUUACCCUGACCAAGUUAAAGAUGGAUCAAAUGCUGAUGAUUCGGUAGAAUCAUAUCGAUUAUUCGAUUCGGAUUUGAAAAUUUUAAAGGAUCUAGGAGUUGAUCAUUAUCGAUUUUCCAUUGCAUGGCCACGAAUCUUUCCAAAUGGCUCAGUUCAUUUGAGAAACCAAAAAGGAAUCGAUUACUACAACGAUGUUAUCGAUAAACUCCUUGCAAAUGGCAUUGAACCAGUCGUCACUAUGUUUCACUGGGAAUUGCCCGUCGAAAUACAAAAGUUCGGUGGUUUUACCAAUUCUCUUAUCAUUGAACAAUUUUUAGACUAUGCAGAAGAAUUGUUCAAGUUAUUCGGUGAUAGGGUCAAAACCUGGUUAACAAUCAACGAACCAAAAGAGCUUUGUAAAGCAUUAUAUGGAAGUGGAGUAUCACCACCUUCGAUUAAUGCUCCUGGCGUUGGAGAUUAUUUGUGCUUAACCAAUAUCCUUAAGUCACAUGGUGCAACUUAUCGCAUGUAUCGAGAGAAGUUCUAUGAAAAACAACGUGGACGAAUUGGGCUUCCUAGUAAUAUAAAUUUUCUUUACUCUAAGGCGAAUAAUACAGAUGAAGUUGCUCGUGCAAUGGAUUUUGAAUUCGGAGUCGUGGGGCACCCUGUUUUAAGCAAAUCUGGUGAUUUUCCUCCACAUGUAUUGAAAGAAAUUGAACAAAAGAGUCUGGCAGAGGGCAGAAAAAGGUCACGUCUUCCAAGCCUUGGCAAAUAUUGGUCAUCAGUUAUUAAAGGUUCAUCAGACUUUUUGGCACUAAACUAUUAUACGGCCUGGCAAAUUGAACCUUUAACUGGACAAGUUGAUGAAGAUUCAAUGAUGAUUGAUGAGAGAGAUACCAACUUUGCAACUUCUAUGUUUGAAAAUUGCCCGCGCGCAGAAUCUGUUUGGCUUCAUUUUGUUCCUCAAGGAUUGGAAGAUCUUUUAAAAUAUAUUCGAGAUACAUAUGACAAUGUAGAGGUAAAGAUUUUAGAAAACGGUUGGUCGGAUACUGGUGGAAAUGAUGAUUAUAUGCGUAUUGAGUAUCAUAGGAAUCAUUUGCAGGCUGUAGUGAAUGCUAUUAAUGAUGGCUGUAAUGUUACUUCUUAUGCCCCGUGGAGUUUGAUGGAUUCUUUUGAAUUUACAAGCGGAUAUACACAAAAGUUUGGUUUCUAUGCUGUGAAUAUGACAAGUCCAAAUAAAGAACGUACACCCAAGAAAUCGGCCGAGUUUUACAAAAAAGUGAUUAAAUCAAAAUCAGUUCCUUAUAAAUUUUGAAUAUUGUAAAAUUCAAUUUGUUAAUUUUAUUUCUAUAGCAAACAAUAAUUAUGGUUUUAUAAAAAAAAUAC